AUGGAGAAGAAGACUAGGAGUGGUUAUGGGAGUUAUAGAAGGACGAUACAGAGGAUUCGAAACCCUAAAGCAGAGAAAGACGCUUACAACGAGUGGAACUACAGCAAGUUCAGACUAUGGCAACUCACUGAUUACGACAAAGUCAUCUUCAUAGAUGCAGAUCUGUUGAUCUUGAGAAACAUCGAUUUCUUGUUCCGGAUGCCUGAGAUCUCGGCUACGGGAAACAAUGGCACUCUGUUUAACUCGGGAGUUAUGGUGAUCGAGCCUUGCAACUGCACGUUUCAGCUUUUGAUGGAACAUGUAAACGAGAUUGAGUCGUAUAACGGUGGAGAUCAAGGUUACUUGAACGAGGUGUUCACGUGGUGGCAUCGGAUUCCGAAACACAUGAAUUUCUUGAAGCAUUUUUGGGUUGGGGAUGAAGAUGACGUGAAGCGCAAGAAAACGGAGUUGUUUGGAGCAGAGCCUCCUAUUCUUUAUGUUCUUCAUUACCUGGGGAUGAAGCCGUGGCUAUGUUACCGUGACUAUGACUGUAACUUCAACUCCGACAUAUUCAUUGAGUUUGCGACAGAUUGA